AGAUUUCAACCUCUAUCCUCAUCAUCAAAUUUUCAAAGUUUGAGGAGCAAGCCAGCCAUCGCCAGGCACCACCGUCAAAAUGCCUUUCCAAAAGCUCGCCAAGAACAGCGCGUACUACAGCCGCUACCAGACCAAGUACAAGCGCAGACGUGAGGGCAAGACCGACUACUAUGCCCGUAAGCGCCUCAUCACCCAGGCCAAGAACAAGUACAAUGCUCCCAAGUACCGCCUGGUCGUCCGCUUCACCAACAAGGACAUCGUCAUGCAGAUCGUCAGCUCUGAGAUCUCUGGUGACAAGGUCCUGGUCGCUGCCUACGCCCACGAGCUGAAGGCUUACGGCAUCAGCCACGGUCUGACCAACUGGUCUGCCGCCUAUGCCACUGGUCUCCUGAUCGCCCGCCGUGUCCUCACCAAGCUCGGCCUCGACAAGGACUUCGUCGGUGUUGAGGAGGCUGAUGGUGAGUUCACCCUCACCGAGGCCGCUGAGACCGACGAUGGCGAGCGCCGUCCCUUCAAGGCCUUCCUCGACGUUGGUCUUGCCCGUACCUCCACCGGUGCCCGUGUCUUCGGUGCCCUCAAGGGUGCCUCCGACGGUGGUAUCUUCGUCCCCCACUCCGAGAAGCGAUUCCCUGGUUACGACAUGGAGAGCAAGGAGCUGGACAGCGAGGUCCUCCGCAAGUACAUCUACGGUGGCCACGUCGCCGAGUACAUGGAGACUCUGGCCGACGACGAUGAGGAGCGCUACAACAGCCAGUUCUCCAAGUACAUUGAGGACGAUAUCGAGGCCGACGGUCUCGAGGACCUCUACACUGAGGCCCACAAGGCCAUCCGUGAGGACCCCUUCAAGAAGGUUGAGGGUGAGGGCAAGAAGACCAAGGAGGAGUGGAAGGCCAUUUCUCUGAAGCACAAGACUGUCAGACUCUCCAAGGCCGAGAAGGCUGCCAACGUGCAGGCCAAGAUCCAGAAGAUCCUGGCUGAGGAGUAAAAAGGGGAAUUUGGGCAGGUUGCAAUUUGAUUCUCGAUAUAUUGGGUCUGGAGUUACAGGAAUGAAAGGGUCGGUCCUCAUGGUCAAAAUGAAUGAAAAGAUACCUUCCAAUCCGGAUCAUAGAUCCAUUGUUUCGUG